AAUUUUACUAUGGACAGGUGUAACUCUCUAUUUCGGCAGUUUCCAAGAUUCUACCCAGAAGACAUACUCUGACACAUUUCGGUUCCCGAGAAAAUCCAAUUCCCCCGACAGUCAAUCUUGGAAAAUAUGGAAUCGAAAAAAUUGGCUGCUUUGCUUUCUUCUCUUGUCUCUGAACUCCUAGUCCUGGUCCUCCUCCUUUUCCCUUCCGAUUCCUACAACUCCAAUUCCCAUGGAAUCCUUUUCCGUAUCAUUCGCCAUUAUCUUUCCUGCCAAGAACACGCCACUUCACUCUCCCUCUUCCCGAUCUCCAAGAAACGGAAGAGAACCCAAUUACGAGAAGCGGGUUCUGAGCCGACCCAUGAAGACAGAGACGUCGAACGCGGAUCUAGACUCGGUGAGUUGAGCCGAGUUGCUCCAAAUCCUGACUCUUUCAAAACCACCUUCAGGAUGAGAUCUUCAACGUUUGAAUGGUUGUCUGGCUUGCUUGAACCGUUACUAGAGUGUCGUGACCCUAUUGGAACACCAAUAAAUCUCUCAUCCGAGCUCAGGCUUGGCAUCGGUUUGUUUAGAUUGGCUACUGGGUCAAGUUACAUUGAAAUCGCUGGGAGAUUUGGGGUUACUGAGUCAGUGACUCGGUUCUGUGCGAAGCAAUUGUGUCGUGUUUUAUGCACCAAUUUUCGCUUUUGGAUCGCAUUCCCGACUUCUACCGAGCUUGAAUUGGUGUCAAAAGAUAUCGAGGGUCUUACCGGAUUGCCAAAUUGUUGCGGUGUGAUAGACUGUACAAGAUUCAAUGUUGUUAAAAGAAAUGAUUGCAAAUUAGCAUCAGACGACGAGGUUCAAGAUGACAGCAUUGCUGUUCAAAUUGUUGUUGAUUCAUCUUCAAGAAUUUUGAGUAUUAUUGCAGGUUUUCGUGGCGACAAGAAUGAAUCCAGGAUACUGAAGUCGACGACUUUAUGUCAUGAUAUUGAAGGACGGAGGCUAUUGAAUGCGACUCCGGUUAUUGUCAAUGGGGUGGCUAUUGAUCAGUACCUAAUUGCAGAUGGAGGAUAUCCUCUGCUUCCAUGGUUAAUGGUUCCAUUUGUUGAUGUUGUGCCAGGAUCAUCUGAAGAAAAAUUCAAUGCUGCAAAUAAUUUAAUGCAUGUUUUUGCACUUAGAACCAUAGCUAGUUUGAAGAAUUGGGGUGUUUUGAAUAAACCAAUUGAAGAGGAGUUUAAGACUGCUGUUGCUUUUAUCGGGGCAUGUUCGAUUCUUCAUAAUGUUUUGCUAAUGAGGGAGGAUGAUUCUGCGUUGAUUGAUGUAGAAGACUAUUCUUUAUAUGAUCAAGGUUCUCAGUUUUAUAAGGAUGCUAUGACAGAAGAGAAUUUGACCGAAAAGAAGGCUUCUGACACGAGAAGAGCAUUGGCUACAAGAGUUACAGAAUUUUCAUAAGACCUGAGGAUCUGUAUACUUUUGGAGUCUCAAUUUUACAAACAGCGGUCUGCUUGCACAGAUUUUGGAAGGGAGGUGCACAAUUCAAUUCAACUUUUUUUUUAAGCAGGCCACUUUUGUUUAGGACAGACUGGUUGGGGGCAUUUUCUUUUAGUUUUCAGUUUAUUACCAUUUAUUGAAGCAGUUCUGAAGUAACCAUAUCCCUUGGGAUCUCUGUGUUAGUAAUCUCACUACCUAUUGAAGGUAAAAUAAUAGUCCUUCCACCCACCAGACUCGGAGGAUAGAAACUAUCAAAGAAGACUGCUUCAGCACUGUUACUCAUUUAACUGGCAUGAGCACACAGUGUGAUUGACCCUACAAUCCUUGAGAAAUCCACCCUCUCUCUUCUUGCUUCAGGCUGUUCCUCACAGUUUUCCUUCCAUGCUCUUUGAAGAUAGCUCAACUGCAGCGUUGUUCCUUAGGCUUCACUGAAAUCUCAAAGCCUCGAAGCAUCAGAUAAAUAUCGUUGAUGAUACAAGCAAAGUGAGCUUUUCUCUCACGGCUGAAAAUAUAUCAUCCCCCUGAUAUCUUCCACUUUAAAAUUUCUUGAUUCCAAUUUAUGUUUGUUUUUGUUUAGUUUACCUUUGCCCAUCAUUUUGCUCGACGUGCCCCUGGAAAACUAAAACAAUGUGAUAAAGUGUUGCUAAAAUGGUCUAAAAUUCUGAUAAUUCUUCACUAAAAAAGGAGGUCUUUGCUGUCGGCAUUUGCCGCUGGCACGUAGCCAACUAUCAUUAGGUUGGUUUAUCAGAUAAAUGAAAUAUUACCGCAAGUAAACUGUAGCACUAUUUGUGGAUAGAAUGAUGCUUCGUCUUCCAUAAUCAUAACUUCUCUAGAAAUCAAUCGAAAGUUACAGGAUUUUGUAUAUGCCAAAAGAAUCUAAUGAUUUUCUUUUGCAUUAGACGCAUAUGUACAGGUCUUUCACACCUGUUUUCUAGGGCGAACAUGUCCUAGUACCAAGUUAUUAACAUGUUUAAGUUACAUGUUGAGCUGGUGACUCUGGAUGGAUGGAGAUUUGGGAACUGAAUGCAGUUUAGGCCAACGCUGGACAACCUAGCUGAAAAUGGUUCCAGGGUCCUCUGGUGGUCAAUGUAAUUGAUCAGGUGCUGGAUAUCUUCAGAGGAAGCUGUAUUUUUCACAGUUCGGAUCAAGUUUGACCCUGAGCCUCUGCUUAAAAUCAUUCCCAAUUUGCACCAGUUCACUGUUUCACAAAUGAACUCUCGGCAAGGCAUGUUGCUCCGGCAUCACUCUGCUUAUCUGCAAGAAUACCAUCACUUCAACUAUAUUGGAAAUUGCAGAACAUUGAGUUCUUGCAACCAAACCUGCCUGUAGCAGGCUUCGAAUCAAA